GAUUUUCUGGCACUGAAGCGCUUGCUUGUCUUCGGCACUCGUUGACUCUACACAAAUAUGGACUGGACCCAUGCUGCUGGAUAUCCAUUCACAGAUUGGUGAAUCCAGCUUAUUAUAAACACGACCAUGGAUGAAUUCGCUCCAUUAGAUUGCCUUUUGCCUUCAGGAAAACAGAAGAUUUGCUUGGUUAUCCUAAAUCAGCCGAUAGAUGAGCGGUACUUUCAUGUGUUGUGGAGUAAAGCCAAGAUCCGAGCAUGUGCAGAUGGAGGUGCCAAUCAUCUGUACCGGCUCACGGAGGGUCGUCGCGAGAGUUUUCUCCCAGACUACAUAAAUGGAGACUUUGAUUCAAUCCUGCCAGAGGUCAAGGCAUUUUACACACAAAAGAAGUGCAAGCUAAUGGAAACUCCAGACCAGGAUCUGACAGACUUCACUAAGUGCUUGGCCAUAAUGGUGGAGGAGAUCAAAGCACAGAAAUUGCAGAUAGAUACCAUUGUAACCCUGGGUGGUCUUGGAGGCCGCUUUGACCAGACCAUGGCCACGUUGGAGACCUUGUUUCAUGCCCAGAAGAUGACCGACCUGCCUGUGGUGGUUCUACAAGAACGUUCUCUUGCUGUCCUCCUCCAAGAGGGCAGACAGCACCAUCUGAACGUGAAUACUGGCUUGGAAGGAAAAUGGUGUAGUCUGGUUCCUGUGGGCAGCACUUGUCUAACCACCACUUCUGGGCUUAAAUGGAACUUGGACAAUCAAGUUUUGGCUUUUGGACAGCUUGUAAGCACAUCCAACACUUACGAGGACCACGACCCCAAAGGAGACAGAAAACCUGUAACGGUCACCACAGACAAGCCACUUUUAUGGAGCAUGGGAAUUAAACCACUGUGAACAAAGCACUAAGCCUUUAAAAUGUGCCUUUUCCUCGUCACCAACAGCCUAUUAUUAAUGAAGACAAUGAAUGGUGUAACCUUUGAUUUAUUAACACAGCCAAAUAUAAAUGUUAACACGCACACAAAAACAUGAUUUUUACAAAAUUUCUGCAUUCAGUCCAUCAUCCAACACUGUUUCAGGCAGCCGAAGGUCUGUUUGGACUCCCAAUGCAGCUGAUUCAACCACCGCUGUUAACAAAAGACAAACAAUCAUGCUUUAAUCAAAGACUAAAUCAAAUCAAAGACUGCACUGUGGUAUUAGAUUGUAUCAUGUUUAUGUACUCAAGGUUUAGUUAUCACAUUACUUGCAAUAAAAGGCUGAAAUGCACUGUUAA